CGUCCGUUGGCCUGGACCAACCCAGCAGCGCGGUUAUGCUGCAAAAACACGCACAUGCACACCGCACUGAACCGCAUUCCCUCGCUGCGAAAUGCGGCGCGGCUUUUGGUCCCGUGUACAAACACGUGCGUGAAGGCGCAGGGUCGGGUCGGGUCUGGGCCGGGGCUGAGCCGGGGCUUGUGCUUCCGGCUGUGCUUCCUGUGCCGCUGUCUUCUUCUUCGGUUGCCACUUCUUCUGCUUCUUCUGCUUCUGCUGCUUCUGCUGCUUCUGCUGCUUGAGCUGUCUGUGCUUCUUCUGCUUCCCGUGUUGCUGUCUUCUCUGCUCUGUUCUCCUCUGUUUCCCGCAAGGCCUGUUUCUACUCCAUCUGCCAAACCUUCUUCAAAGCCUGGACUUGGAUUCUAUCACACCAACUAUUUUUAAAUAAUAUCAAUCACCUUUUUCAUCAUUUUAUCACUUUAUCCUUCUAUUCGUGUUGAAAACUGCACUAUUUGAUUCAGCUGUCUGUCCUAAAACAGCUCUCUGUCUUAGACCUAAUUCACCUCGCUAUAUCCCUUUAUCAGGUUCAAUUUUUUUACCAACUUCUUCCAU